AUGUCACUGCUCACAUUUGUUCUGCCAAGUGCAUGGCAAGCUUUGCAGCUGUUGCUGAGGAGAUUGCCCAACUAUGCCAUGGUGUCCAAGUUUUUCUACACAAGUCCUGGUGUUGGAGCUUUCCUCAAGUGGUACAUCAAAGCCAACAUUGACACCCACAAGUUCAGGUCCAAGGCCUUGGAGGUCAAGUAUUUAUUACUAACAAUUCAGGGACAACCACAGAACACUGUCUGGCACCAUCUUGUUAAAAAACUUAUUGGCUGGCCCCUUGACAAGUGGUGCAACCCCAGCAAUCUUUAUGGUGGCAUGCCUACUCUCCAGUUUGUUUUUGAUGCCAUUAUUGCUGGCACCUGCAAGUUCAUCCAAGUCAACAAUGCUGAAGUUGCAUCUCGCAAGCAGCAAAUUGCAAUGUGCAAGGUCUUGACACCAGAUUUUGACUGUAGGCUGCCUGCACCUGCACCCUCCUCUACCCUUGCCCCUGCCCCUGCUCCCUCUGCACCUGCCACCAUGCCUUCUGCACCUGCUGCUGUGCCCCAUCUAACUACCACUGCACAUUUGGCAACUGCUACCACACUUUUUGAACAGGCCCUCGUCUUUACCCCUGCUGUCACCCUUGCUACACCUGCCCCUGUCCCCUCUACCCCUCCCGUUGCAUCCUCUAAACCAGCCCUUACCUCUAUUCCCACCUCCUUUGAACCAGCUUCCACCCCCUCUACACUGACUCCCCUGCAUCUGUACCAACUGCCACCAACCACACCUGAGUCCCAUGCUCCUGACCUGCUGCUGCCUGGCCCCACUCCUGCUCCCAAGUUUGCUGAGGUUGUCAAGUCCACAGAGACCAUUGGCACUGCUAUUGUGGCUGCUCCCAUUGCCAUUGACCUUGAUUUCCUUGUUCCUGCCUUGUUCCUGUGGAGCCUGACAAGCCUAUUACAGUCUCCAACAUUGUUCUGGCCAGCAAAACUCCAGCCUCUGUGCAUGCUGCCACCUCUGCCAACACUGCUCCCAUUGCUGCAUCCAGUGCCAAUACACACACUUUGCGUAAGCAGAGGUGGGGUGCCAAAAAUCCAGUAA